GCUAAUUCACACAUUAAUUUAUGGCAAACAUUAGGCUUGCGCAAACUUUAUAUAGUUCAUUCGCACUCAUUGUGAAUGAUUAGUAGAAUAAGAAGUUUAUAUCGAGUUGAAAAUUGUGCAUGAUUUAUAUUGCCUAACUGCAAAGUUUUAAUAAAAAACAGCAAAAUUUUAUAAAGUUUCACAAACUAUCUUUUUGUAAAUGCCACCAAAGUUGUGUGGCAAAACUGUGUUGAAAAUUUUCGCUCGAUGUAUAGACAAGUCAGCUGUUUGGGCCAACAAAUCAGCCGCUGCUAGUCUGCAACCAAUUAUAUUUUCAAUCAGCUUAGAACAACUAUCGUUAUUAGCAAAGAUAACUAUUAAAUACGUACUGCAAAACUUUGACAAUUGUUUAAAAUCGGCGGCAGUGACUUAUAAGGUCUUUGGUCUCGUUAUCCAGUAAAUUUCCAGUUGAGUUUUAUACGAUGGCAGACAACGCAGAUAACAGAGGUGAUACAUCUGCCCAACCACCCUCGGCUCCCCCAGAACCACAACAACAGCAACAACAAUCGCAACCACCGCCACAGCCAGGCGUAAAUAAUCCCAAUAUCAAUGCUAAUGUGCCAAACUUUGCUAAUGUUUGGAAUGUGGAUCUAACAGCAAAUCCAUUCAAUUUUAACAACAAUCGAAAUCGUGGCGGACAAAAUAACCUGAUGAACGUACGGGAUCGCCUCUUUCACGCCAUUUACUUCAAGAUUGCUCUUAUGUAUGCACAAAUAUUUCCCAAGCCUCUCCAACGAGUUUUGGAAUAUUUCAUAUUGUUCAAGGCAUUAUUAUUCUUCUUCGCCUUGGUAUACAUUCACUUGGCAUUUAUUAAGAAUCCCGCUACUUGUCUGCAAAAUGUCAAAGAUUGGCCACGCGAUGGAGUGUUGAGAGUUGAAGUCAUACCGAAUUUGGAGAAACAGCGUGAUUUGUUGUCGAAGACGAAAGCCAAUGAGCAGUUAAUACGUUACUUGCAAAAUUACUAUCAUUAUGGCAUUGGUCCGCAAACUAAAGUCAAUCAUGAUCGCCUAAAGCAAUAUGAACGUACAUUGACACGUUCCGGUUAUCAAUUACGGCCCACAUUCACCUAUUCAAAUGAAACCUUAAUCUAUUAUUUUAAAACGGAGGCCAUAACUGGGCAGGUAGUUGAAACUAAGAUCACCGAGCAGGUGGAGAAGUCUUAUAGUGACGAUGAUGAACAGUAUAUUGUGGAAUAUUCAUUAGAAUACGGGCAUUUACGUCUUUCAUCAGCUACACGUAAACGUCUGAAGAUUCCAGUACGUGUAGUGCAAUUGGAUCCGAUGACUGAUAAAUGUUUUGGUGAUAAAUUUAGCAAAUUUUUACUGAAACAGCUGUUGGGUUAUGAUGAUCUACUUAUGUCCUCGGUGCGUGUGAUUGCCGAAAAAGAAGAUAAUAAAGGUUAUCUGCGUAAUGUCAUAACCGGCGAGCAUUAUCGUUUUGUUUCAAUGUGGUGGGCAGCAUGGAGUUCGUACCUAACGGCAUUUUUUGUAAUGGUGCUUUUUACAUUUUCUAUUUCUAUGCUUUUGCGCUUCUCGCAUCAUCAAAUAUUCGUCUUCAUCGUUGAUCUUUUACAAAUGCUGGAAUUCAAUGUAACCGCGCGUUUUCCUAUUGCUCCACUGCUAACUGUAAUCUUAGCACUCGUUGGCAUGGAAUCAAUAAUGUCUGAGUUCUUUAACGAUACAACAACUGCAUUCUAUAUAAUAUUGAUUGUUUGGGUGGCAGAUCAGUACGAUGCAAUAUGCUGCCAUACGAGUAUUACCAAACGCCAUUGGUUAAGAUUCUUCUUUUUAUACCAUUUCGCAUUCUAUGCUUAUCAUUAUCGCUUUAGUGGACAAAACCGUAGUUUGGCGUUGGUAUCUUCUUGGCUUUUUAUACAGCACUCAAUGUUCUAUUUUUUCCAUCGUUACGAGCUGCCCGUCAUUAUUCAACAAGCGCAAAUACUUAUCAUAACAAACAAUCAGAAUGUGGCGGGGAAUGGCCCACAACCACAACAGCAGCAGCAACAGCAGCCGGGUCAGGGACGGCCGGCUGCCAUACUAAUGGGACGUCUAUUUCGGCGCCCAGCCGCCGCACAGCAACAGCAGCAACAGCGACAACAGCAACAUCAACAAUUCCUCGAAGCACUACGAAAUCAGGCGCUAAUACCCUAUGUGGGUGGCCUGCUGCAGCGUCGAGGCGGCGCAGUGGACACGCUACGUCGCACGCUGCUACAGCCACGUGUUCGCGUGCAAAUCGCCAAUUUGCAGCGCAUUAAUUUGCGUUCCAUUCAGAUAAAUCCGGCGAAUCUGGAUGCGAUCGCCCGAGCCAGCGACGCAGCAGGCGGCGAGGCUGAAGCAGCAGCCGCUUCUUCAUCGGUGAAUGUCGAUGGCGGUAGUGGUGGUGGUGCAGCCGAAGGCACUAUUACUAUCAGACAGGUGGCAAAUGCAGAUGCACCAACAAAUGGUGCAAGUGGUACCAACAACAAUACGGACAACAACCAUGGCUCUACUAUAGGCAUUACAAUCUCUUUCAAUACCACACCGCGCGAAUCGGGCGGUGAGGGGAGAAUCGCUACGGUGGUGGGCGGUGAAGGGCAUUCCGUAUUAGCUGCCACGUCGGCGGACGAGUUGACAGCAGGAAUUACGGUGAAUGCUGGCGCGGAAUCACAACCAUCGUCAACAACACCAACAGGUGCCGAGUCGAAAGAGCAGCCAGCAGAGCAAAGUGAAGCCAAUACCAGAGUGGCAACCGCGGAAAAUGACGAAAUGAUUAGGCAGAAUACGCCUCAAACCCAGAUAAAUAUUCAACCAAGCUUAGAUAUCAACCAGGAAGCGCUACUUAUAGAAGAAACUGUAAAUGCAGAAGAUUCACUGGCAAACGGUACUUGUGACAAUGCUAACGGUCUAUACAACCAAAGAGCAGAACUCUUAGAAGAACACACAUACGCAGCGAGUGUUACAACAACUGCAAAGGAGAACAGUAGCGGUACUUCAGCCGAAUCGGCUGGUGCUAAUCAAACUUUUGCAGAUUCCUCAACAACAUUAGAGCGCGGAGCAGAGGUGGUAGCCAUAUUAGACACUUCUGUGCCAAUGCCUGUGCUGCUACCAACAACAGUAUCAACAACAAUGUCCGAAGUGACAGCUCCACAUCCCAUAUCCACGACAACAAAAGCAGCAACAACACCUUCAGCAUCGCCAUCAAACACGCUUGCCGCACUUCAGCAUACACAGCUGACAGCAGCUGAACCGGGUCCAACCAUAAAAGUUGUUACACCAACAACUAAAACUACAACAACAGCGUCGAGCGUACCAAACGAAUGCGGCGGCGUCGCUGCUAUCGGUAAUGCCGACGCUGGAGCCGGAGUCGGACACGUGACUGCGAAAUCCUUCGCUCUACCAGCUGAGGCGACCUCCCUGACAAAGUCGCCAGCGGAACAGCGCUUAAGUGCUGCUGACUGUGUCUCUAGGCCUCAGGAUGCAGCUUCCGCGCGGUGUGCUGUCUCCGCUCCGAGUGAGGUGUCUGAGGUGUCCUUAAAUUAAGCGCGAAUUACUUAUAGCUUAUGUUUGUCAUAAUGACUGGGAAAAGUGUUAGCCAAACAAGAGUUACGCAACGAGAAGACCUAACAAAUUUUAGCUCAUUUAUGUAUGUAUGUAUAUGUAAGUGGAUAUUAAAAAUGCAAAUACUUGUAUUAGACAU